CAAUAUAAAUAGCUCAUCCAGAGACCUGGUCCAUCUUAACGAAACAUUUUCAAAUCAAGAGCUACCAUAGCUACGGUACCUAAUGAAAACUAUUUUCCUUUACAAUGAAUAUAGAAAGAUAUUACAUAUUAGAAGGUAGCAGGUGUUCUUCCGGUGUCACAAGGUCAACACCAUUAUAAGGUGCCACACAAUGAGAGAUGUUGAUGAGGGGCACGCUUGGUUGUGUUUAAUCGGAGCUAUUGGAGCACAGUUUCUAAAUGGAGCCAUGACUUAUGCUUCAGGAAUAAUUCACGUCGGUCUCCUAGAUUAUUUCAAAGAAGAUGUGGCAAAAACAGCUUUAAUAGGAUCUCUUUUUGCAAAUAUACUAUGCCUACUUGGGCCACUUGCAAGUAUAGCUAUCAAUUUGACAAGCUGCAGAGUUUCCAUAAUGAUUGGUAGUUCUUUAAUCGUCAUUGGAUUUGGUGCCAGUUUCUUUGCCAAAAAUUUGAAUGUAUUAUUAGUAACCUACGGCAUCAUUGCAGGAACUGGCUUUUCGUUUACUGUUACAACGUCGAUAGUGAUUCUAGGAUAUGCAUUUGAAAAAUACAGAAGUGCGACUGUUGGGUUAAGUAUGGCGUUUGCUGGUGCCGGAAUGUUUGUCUGUGGACCGUUGAUCCAGUCUCUGAUCGACCAUUAUACUGUACUUGGAGCUUUCCUUCUCCUUGGUGGAAUUGCAAGUAACUUUUUUGUAUGCGGUGCUUUGAUGAAGCCAUCUGGACUUGAGGAAUGGCAUAAAUAUUUCUUAAAACAAAAUAAGCAGAAUACAGGUGCAAGUAGUAUUUUAAAAAGGUUUCUUCAUUUCGGAGUUUUCAAAAAUAUAUCAUUUGUGUUUAUACUAUUAGGUGCUAUAUUUGUAGGACUUCCAUAUAGUCUAGUACUUUUACAUUUACCAAAUUUCUCUGUGACUGAAGGUUAUACACAUGAGGAUGGCGCCUUUCUAAUGGCCAUGAUAGGACUUGGUAGCACAGUGAACCGGAUACUUGUCGGCAUUGCCAGCGGAGACGGCGGACUUGAUGUUUUAUUGUUGUAUUUUGGAUCACUUGGUUUGACCGGUGCCAGCACUUUAAUAUUUCCGUUGUUUUCCGGAUAUUAUAUCGGUCAGUGUAUUUAUUCGUUUAUAUUUGGAUUAUACAGUGGUGCUUUCUGUGCCCUGACGAACCCUAUAUGUUUUGAAAUGGUAGGAUUAGACAAUCUGCCCACCGCCAUAGGACUUUAUUUCUGUGCCAUUGGUAUAGGUGGAUUAAUAGGACCGCCAUUAGCAGGUAUAAUAAUUGAUAAUGGUGGUACAUAUGAACACAGUUUUUAUAUCUCAGGUGCAUCGUUUAUAUUAGCAGCACUUUUGACACUAAUGGCCACAAUAAAUAAGCCAAACAUUCCAACAAACCUUAUACAGAAUGGAAAUAUCUCAUUGAGCAUAGAUUCCAAUGUUGGAGAAUCAGCAGCGCCCGCCAUGCAAGGGUCGGGAUUCCUUAAAGGCUCUGGAUUCUUCCGCGGAUCCGGAUUCAUGACAGCACCAGAAAUAUUUGGUGGAUCAAUAUCACUCCGAGGAUCUGGGUUUCUUUCACUAAGUCAAUUUUCAGAUUCUAAAGAUAACAUUAGACAAGCAAAAGUAGUGGAAAUAACCCCUUUAACCGAAUAACUUGGUAGGUUAAAUGUUGGUUAGGAAAUAACACGAAAUAGACUGAUAUAAUUUACAACGCAACUUGAAAAGUUUGUGUCUAAUAAUGAUAAGGUUCAGUUGAAUUUAUUCAAGACGAACAUUCGUUUUGUCAAUGAGGCAACUUUGCUAUGAUUGCCAAAAAGUCAAAGAAGGGAAUAUACAGAUGACCUCACUGUCUAAACGACUACCAAAGACUUAUCAUAUGGUUACAUUUUAAAAAGGCUUCUGGAAAAUCAAACGUUAAAAGCAAUCAAAAUAUUAAUCCGAAUAAAAUGGCUGUCGUUAUUGACUCGCUCGUCUUCCUUUGGACAGGAUGGCAGGUUGUUACCAAGAGAAAACAAGGCAAUUGUUAUUUAAUUUUUUAUACUGCAUGUUUUGUUAUUAUUGUUAUCCAUAAAAAAAAAAUAAUCAACUUCUUCUUUUGUGGCCAAUACUGACAUUCCAAAAAGUUUUA